AUGGCGAAGCCUCGCCCUCGCGCCGAGGAGAUCUCGCGGCCGUCGAGGUCGCUGUCCAAGGCCGUCCGCCGCCGCGCCGACGCCGUAUCCGCGAAGCUGGCGGCGCGCGGCCUCGGCGCCUUCGUCUGGCAGAAGAAGCUCGAGCGCGACCUGGCCCGCGGCAUCCUGCCCGAUAUCGUCUCGCUCCGCGACGAGCGGCGCCGGUGCCUCGCCCGCCGCAGGGAGGCCGCCGGCGUGAACUCGUCCGCCGCCGCCUCGCGGCGGAGAUCGCCGCCGCCGAUCCUGGACGCGUCGCGCGCCAGGGCGGCGGCGGAGGAGGAGGCGAAGGAGGCGGCCUUCCUCCUCGAUCAGAGCAGGCUCCGCGCCGAGGCCCGUCUCUCGACGGGACGCGGCGCGUCCGUCGAGGAGCUGAAGGAGCUCGGCGAGGAGAUCGCGGCGUACGCCGAUCUCGACAGGGCGAACGAGCCCUUCUGGGCGGCGGCCAAGGCGAUGUGCAACGCCGAGAUCGAGCAGGCCGCCACCGGCACCGGCACGGCUGGCCACGGCGACAGGGCCUUGCACUCCGCGGUCUUCGCCGACGUGAAGAGCGUCGUCGAGGGCAAGAGCCUCGACGAGCUCGACGCGAUGCAGCACGCCAUCGCCGCGCGCAUGGCCACCGGCGAGGCGAAGGUCGUCGAGCACUGGCAGGAAGUGACGGAGCUCAUCCGUUUCGAGUGGAACAAGUACAACCGCGCGCAUUACGACCACGACCACCCACCGCCCAAGACCGUCAAGGGCUACAAGUUCGUGCUCUACUACCCCGACCUCGCCGGCGGGAAGCCGCCACAGUACACCGUCGACGAGGACGGCAGCAACAGCGGCGGCGGCGAGACCUGCGUCAUCAGGUUCCACGCGGGCUGGCCCUACGAGGACGUGGCGUUCAGGAUCGUGAACAAGGAGUGGGAUUGA